GUGUCCGGUUCAGUCAGUAGACUUGAUCACAUGGUGGGAUUUGCGCAUGCGCCUGGUUUUAGGUGUGAUGGAGAGACGAUGCCUAAUGCCAUCAGCCCUGCGUAGUGCAGGAGAUCUCCAAACUGGUCAGAUUUACCGCAGACUCCGUUGUCUUUCAGCACAGCUUGAUGUUGUAGACCGACACAACAAGCCUGAUGUCUGUGGCAAAUGCGAAACACACUGUGCUGAAUCCGGUAAGAGGCUUGUUAAUUUUAUUGUUCUCUACAUUUGCCCAUUUAUGUCACAAUGAAUUGAUCAAUAGACCCUCUUUAUGCUACAGUACAGCCGAAAACUAACAGGUAGUCCCUGUGUUGUCAGCAGUUGCCUCCAUACUGCCUGUACACAGGACGUUAGCUUAUCGGGCAGACAUUGUUCACAGUGUAACACAAAGACGAUUGUGUAGCAUGACUGCAGGCAUUGUUAGUGCACAUAUAGACAGUUAUAACUCCACCUCUCUCCUUCAGGUGAUCCCAUACACAGGGCCCAUACCUGGAGGCCUGCACCCUGGGGAGAUCAUCAUCAUCCAGGGCACUGUGCCCCCUGAUGCUGACAGGUAAGAUACAUGAGGGGAGGAUGUGCUAUUUAUGUGACUAUUUCUUUGACUGAUUCACAGCACGUGAUCCUUUAACGUGGAACAACUUUAAAGAACUGCUCUCCCUAAAUUGGUAGAUCAUGGUAUUCUUUUUGCAAGAUUAUACCCCCCAACACAUAGGGGAGAGUGGGGUAAGAUGAGCCAUUUUUCAUAUAUUAGAUCACUACAUCAAGGCAAUCAUAGUUUUGUCUCUAACUAGUGUAUCUGUAUAUAUUUAAAGAUGUUGUGCAUCCCUGCAAACCAACAGAAUGAGUGUAAACAAAACUGUCUUGAUAAUAUAGCACGCCAAAAUAAAGUGGUCUCCUAUGGUCAACUUACCCCGUGUAUGGGGUAAGUUGACCAUAGGAGCAGGGUAAGUUGAGCCGUAUACCUACUACCCCCCCAUUCUCCACCCCAGCCCUCCCUCACCUUCUCUUUCCCUAAAUAACACACUUCUUCACAUUCAUGUGUAUUUUUAUCUAUUAUACACUAUUCAACAGGUACAAUCAUUCUUUUUAUUAUUUUUGCAUAUAGCUGCUAAAAAGCUGUUUUGUAAAGAAAAAAAAACAUUUUAACAUGAGAAUGUCUUUAAGUGAUUCAGAACAUUCACAGCAGUAUUUUUGAAAAGAAAAAGUCAAUUUCAACAAGCUGAACUGAAACUCUGAUCCUCUCAUCAGACUCCUUUACUUUCUCAGUUGAGUCACUGGCUCAACUUACCCCUAAACUACUAUUAUGACUUUAUUAGUCCUCUAAGAUAAAACGGUGGACUUAUAUAUACUAGGUUUUUGACCUCAUGUUGUAGCUCAUAGAUACCACAAUUGAUGUAUAAAACAAAAUUAAAAUGAUCUUUUUUGGUCUGAACACAAUUCUUAUAAAACUUAUGACAGAGUAAAUUCACUUUCAAGAGUGAAAAAAUGGUUUUUUUGUAAAUAAAUGUCUAACCCCUUCACCCGUGUGCUUCUUACCUUCACAGACUCCAUGAAUUGAUGCCCAUCUCCUAAAUAUUUGGUCACAUGAUCAAUUUGUUUUACCAUUUCCAAGCAACAGGGGGUGGCUCAUCUUACCCUUUGGCUCAUCUUACCCCACUCUCCCCUACUUUACUGCCUGACUUGACCUCAUGGGUAUCUGUGAAGAUAUUCACUGGAAUUCAGGGUUUAAAGGAGUUAGGCCACACUGUGUUGCUCUAAAGACUCUUCAGUAGUGUAGGUGCAAGGUUUAAAUCUGAACAUUUCUUUUAACCAAAGAAAGUUUUGGUUACAGUUUGUUGAUUUUAUUUAUCUUGUUGAGUUUAGUUUAUUGUUUUUGUUAUAAGUCAAUAAUUUGUUAAAAAGGCAUCUAGUAAUUCAUAUUGUCCUUUAGAGAUGCUAACCUCUGCCUUGCUCACAGAUUUCAGAUCGAUUUGUCAAGCGGCUGCAGCACCAAACCGCGCUCUGACGUCGCCCUCCACUUCAGUCCUCGCUUCAAAGGCUCACCGUGUGUGGUUUGUAACUCCCUGCUGAAGGAGAGCUGGGGCAAAGAAGUAACACUCAAUCAACUACCCUAUAAACGUGGAGCCCCUUUUGAGACCAUCGUCCUGGUGCACGAUGAUGUCUUUAAGGUCGGUGAAUGCAUACUGUUUAUGAGAAAGGUUUGUGUUGUCCCUCAUGAGAUCGCGUAUGAGAUUUCUUUAAAAUGAACUUAUAGAAUUGCUCACUUUUUACAGGUGGCUGUAAAUGGUGCCCACCUGCUGGAAUACAAGCACAAAAUUCCAAUAAACAGGGUAGACACCUUUUCUAUUUCUGGGAAUGUCAGGGUGCACGCUGUCGGUUACAUCCCAAAUUCAGUAAGUACACUCCCAUCUCUUGUUUAAGAUGUGCCAUUGUUUUAAGGACAUAACUGAUCUAUUAGUUCUAAUUUUGCUUUUUUUGUUUCCUCUCAGGCAAUAUAUUCAGAAUCAGGUGACUUGGUGAGUCUUUCCUUUUACGUAACUUACAAAAACCUCAUUGUCUGAAUGAGGCCAGUAUCAUGUGAUGCCGCAAAAAUUUGUUUUUGUUAAAUCUCCUAAAGGCUUUCUUUGUCUGUGUUCUGUGGCCAAUUCAUUUCAGCUUUCAGAUUUUCCUAAAUCACGGUUUGUUUUGUUGCUUCCAAGAUCUGGAAACACACCAGGAGCAGGGUGGUGUAGCAAAAAGUGAGAUUUGUAAGAAAAAGUGAGAGAUACAGCUGGUUUAGGUUCAGGUUAUAUUCAGAGUUAUGUCUUUAAACAGGCUGUAAAAUGUCAUCUUUUGUUGAGCAAUCUCUAAUGCUCCGAUGCUAUAGUGUAUUGUAAUUUUGAAUUGACAAAGUUUUCUGCAGCAUUCCACUCUUUAUGUGCACUCUUGAUGUUUUUACAUUCGUAUGUAUUUAUUGUCUCUUCUUAUGAUAUCAUUCUGACUGAAACCGACAUUCAGCAAUCAUUCCUCCAUUCAUGCUACGUUGUGGCCUCCACUAUCUUGGUUUAACUUGGCACCCAAAACAAUGAUUCACAUUGCCUUGUGGUUGACAAAUCUCUGUGGCAACGAAUAGUCAACUGCUUGUUGUUACAGAGCAGCAAUGGUUUGUGUAAAAAAAAAAAAAAGGUGAUUCAGAAAUGUAAAAAAGCUGCAGUUUUUUCAAGUGUCCAUUUAAAGCCAGCCUCAGACAUCCAUUAACACCUGCAUAUUAAAAUGCUAUUUUUUUCACAGCAAAUUAAACAUGUUUACAGUUUCAUUCAAACCAACUGUUUUGGUCUGCGGUGCUUAUUCUUUUACUCAUUGCACAGGGUGGUGGAUUUUUAAAAAAAAACUUGUCUGUUUUGUAGAUUUUAAGUCUUAGAGUUGUGCAUAAACGACAUCGUAAGUGGUUGGCUGAGUCGGCUGACAGGUGAAUUGUAGCUCUUUGACAGGAGGCCAAAAUCCUGCCUCAGUGCCACCUCUUUGCUUUUUUCUUUUAACUAGAAAGAGUUCGUCAUACUAUCACUUUAAGGUGGAAUAGUUAGGCCUCUGUCAAGCCUUAUCUGUAAUGUGUGACACAUGGUGGGCUAAUGGCGGGCCAAAGUCGUUCCACGUCUGAUCCUCUUUCAAAGGUAGUAGGGAUUUGUAGGUCUAUCAUUUGGCUUCAGAACCCCCUCCUCACUUCAUCCAGGCAAUGGCUUUGACAUCCUGUAACUCACCUUCUUUACUUCAAGUGCAGUCCUAAUUCACAGCGUACAGUCUGGGGUUCUUUGUAUUUUGCCGGCGACUAUAGCCUGUUUCUAACUGACAAAGUUUCCAUUGUUUCAUUGGCCUGUGGAAGUAAAGUAGCUGAAUAUAGAUAACAACACUGUCAUCUAGUGGUAGGAGGUUUAAACACACCACAAAAUGAACCAAAUGCCUUGAGUCUUUGCAGGUAAACUUAGCUUAAAAAAUACAUCAACAUAUUCAAGAAUCAUUACAUUAUCAUCAAACAUAUCACAAUGCUUUAUUGGACUGUGUCUUCAUAUUCCCUCUGAUUAGAUCACAGGCUUAAUACAGUGUAGUAGCUUAGGCCAAAAUAAAUCAGAUGAUUAAGAAAUAAUCUGUAAAUGAAAAACUUUUAAAUCUAAUCCAUGACUCUUUCAGAGCCUCCCUUACAAAGGCAGUAUACUCAAAGGAUUGAAUCCUGGACAACACAUCACAAUCAAAGGACAGGUCAGCAUGUAUCCUCACAGGUAAAGUGAUAUCUGAUGAAAUCACCUCAUCAUGUUUGGUUACAAAACAACAAUCUGAUAAACUUUCACAGACCACAGUGAUGUGGUGUAGUACAUUUACAUUUGGUAGAUUUACCUUUUAGUCUGCAUUUUCUCCAGUUUCACAGUGAACCUCCGCACCAGCAGGACAGAGAACAUCGCCCUCCAUCUGAAUCCUCGUAUGAAGUCUGGCAUGUUCAUCAGGAACUCAUACCUGAGUGAAUCCUGGGGACAGGAGGAGCGAGAGCUGCCCUUUUUCCCCUUCUCAUCAGGGGAGUACUUUGAGGUAGAAAAAAACUGAUUUUUCAUUUGGAAGGGUUUCUUCGGUCUGCUGUAUCUGUAUUGAACAAUAACCAGAUGCUCAUAAUUUCAUAGACUUUUUCUUCAUAUGCCUGUGUGCUUUGAGCUGAUGGCAUGUUCCUCUGUUGGCAUUUCUGUCAGAUUCUCAUCCUCUGUCAGCCUCAUCAGUUCAAGCUGGCAGUGAACGGCUCACACUUAUUUGAGUACAGACAUCGAGUGCAGGACCUGAGCAGUAUUGACCAGCUGGAGAUCAUGGGGGACCUGGAGCUCACAGAUGUGAAGCUGUGGUGACUUGGAACUCCAGUUUUACAAAGAAGACAGCAUUACAUACUCUACGGUGUUCUGGUAAUCAAUGCUAGAUUAGCUUUGCUGCAACGACACAGACAGUGGAGCUGAAAACAGAAAAAACUGUAACGACCAAGGCCGGGUUAGUCCUGCAGCAAUCAGAGACCUCUGAUUUUAAGCUAGCCUUGCAUUAUGUGUGACCAAGGACCAUGAACAGGCCAGUCUACAAGGUGUUUAUGGUCCAUGUGUCCAGCCCUCCCCAGAUGACUGAUGCAUGAGAGUUAGCUGCCCUGGAGUAUCAGGGUGUGAGCCCCCAUGACUGUUUACAGCUACAGGUUAGGUUUGCCGUGGUUCAUUUCUGUAGUUCAUCUCCGCUGUGACAUGCCCUUUGUGCACUUUUUAAUCAAAAGAGGACAUUUGUCUGUACGCUUCAAGAGUAAAACCUCAAUUCCAAAAGAGCUGUGGCACCAUUUAAAAUGUUGAUAUAAAUAAAUAUUGAUGGUCUGCCAAUUGUUUUAGCUUUUAAACACCGUAUUUGAAUUUAAAAUAGUACAAACACAGAAAAUCAACUGUAAGAUCUGACACAUAUUCAUGAACUGAUUAAAUUAACUUGCAGGUUAGUCACAUGACAGGUUAUAUGACAAAUGAUCAAAUGAUAAAAAAGACUGAAUCUUUCAGAUGUAAAGGUAGGAAAGCUUCACCACAGUGAGAGACAGUAUCAGCAGAAUGCUAAAGUAAUGUUCCUCAACAUGAAAUUGCAAAGAAUUUGGGAUUUGAGCAUCUUCAGUACAAAAUAUUAAGAUUCAGAGAACCCAGAGAAAUGUCUGUACAAGGACAAGGCUUGUAUGCACAAAUUUAAAACUGUACCAUGCAAAGAGGAUAUACUGAAGAAGAAAACUAUCCUUUCUGACAUUCUGUUUUGGAAAAUCAUGGAUGCUGUAUCCUCUGCUUAAAAGUGGAGAGGUACCUCUGAGGUUUUUUUUUUUCAGCACAGUUAAAAAGCCAACAUGGAUGCCGAAGUGCCCAUAGCCAAGGCACAGAUAGUUUAUCUGGGAAGUAGGACUGGGCGAUUUGGCUAAACAAAAAUGAUCACGUUAUAUUUUAUCAUAACGUUUGAUCUCGAUCAUAAUCACAUUUUUUUUUAAAGUGCCAGUUUUAAAGCAUCCGUACUAAAAGCUAAAGAAACUAGAGAUUAGGUCAACAUUUUAUUAAUAUACAAAGUAAAUAACAAAGCAAAUUAAAUAAGAUAAACUUAGAAAAAUAGAAAAACUAUUUUAACUCAAUAGUACAACGAAAGCAGAUAAAUAUUGAAUAACACAGUAAACUACUUUACAGCCCUGAGUGUUUUUGCAGGUAUGCAAGACCCAAAAUAAACAAAUCAAUGAAGGCGCCUUAAAAUGUAAACAUUAGAUGAUGUAAACCUAGAUGAGAUGAUUGCUGCCUCGGUCUGGUGGCUAAUCGCAUCAUCACUGGAAAGUACUUCUUCAAAUGAUUAAACAGAUCCAUUGUGUUGCUGGUUCUUGAGGGCACCGACCGCCGACAUACCUUGCACAUUGGCUUCAUUGCCUGACGUCACUUUGGAGAUACCUGAACCACUGCCACACAACCGACGUCCAAUAACUCUUCUCUUAACAAUGGCAGUUUCAGAGGAUGACAAAAAGUCACGGCUGACAUCUACUUUGCUGCCCUCAGCUCUGUGUUGGGCUCCACGUUUGGUCAUCCUGUUUACUUCUCUGGCAUCUUACAGAAGUGAGCAGGAAAAGCUCGACUCUGAUUGGCUGUUGUCACGAACACUUCUGUUAUGUUUGAUGGAGUAAAUAUGCUCACAGCUGAUCACCGUGAUUGAACUGAAAUUUAUCAAGAUCAUUAAUCGUGAUCACAUAAUCGCUCAGUCCUACUGGGAAGUCACUAGUUAUGCUGAGCAGUUUAAGCGAGUAGAGUUCAGGUGUUUAUCUGGCCUUCCUGCAGUCCUGACUUAACACCACUGAAAACUUUGGCACAUCAUGGAACAAAAAAUACUAUAAAAAGACCCUGAAGUGCUGAGCAGCUAAAAUCCUACAACCAGUCCAGAAUAAUGAAACAUUUUACUGUCAUUAUGGGUUUUUAGACAGUAUCCCAAGUGUUUUGGAAUUGAGGUUAUACUGGCUGUUUAAAUGCCGACAUGGUCAGUGGAGACAAACAAUGAAGAUAUUGAAGGGCUCUGUUGUUCUGGAGGAUGGAAGAUCACUAAAGAUUUACUGUACAGCCAUCUUAUAGAGCUUCAAAGCAUUUUACAUAAAAGCUUAAGUAAACAGGACCUACAAUUUCUUUCAGUCUUUGCUAUUUAACCCAGUCUACAUUAAGGUCACUAUCCUCAGGAAUCCUAAAAAGCAUCAGUGUCUGAACAUUUAAACUCAUUCGGUGAGUAACAGUGCAGCAGAACUCAAGCACAAUGCAGUACAGGGUCAGUUUAGUGUUAGACCAUUCAGAAACCAAACAAUUCUUCAGUCUGUAUGCAAGUAAGAGACUAUUGUAGACCUGCAGUGCCCCUUUGUGACCAUCCCUUGUUCAGUUUAUCUCUCACCCUCUGCUGCGAUGAUCAAUUCUGCUUCAACAUAAGAAAAGAAAAAAUGCUGGAAAAAUAUGAAACGUCUUUUUCUCAUGCCGAGGUUUACUUGUUUUUUUUUUUGCAAUGAAUGUUCGAAUUGAUGUAAAAUAUGUAUGAAAAAUCUUCCUGAUGUACCAUAAUUGGUUUAUUAACAAAUAAAUGUCUUAUUGGAAGCAUUUUGUUUCCACGGUUAGUUAAUAUGUAAAUGACAUGCUUUCAACCUGCAUUACCACCUGUUUUUGAUCACUCACAGUCUACAAUUAUACAUUUGCAUGAUUAAGUUGACAGACUAGACUUACUAUGCAGCAGACAAGGAGGUUUCAGCCGUUUUCUUCUCAGCAACAUGUUGUGAAAAUAGUCAACUGGUUCCACUUUCUGUUUCAGCUAACAUCAUAUUAAAACGGGAGUAGAGCACUGGGAGACAAAAAAGAGAGCACUAAUAUACUCUGUGGACAUGAAGGUACUACAAAAUUUAGCCUAAUUCUGCCAUAAAUCUCUAAGUCAUAAUAUCAGUGAGUCGAUAUGCAUUUAUUUCAUGUAUGCGAGUUUGUUGGGUGAGACUUUUUUUUUACUGUGGAGAGAGCAAAUGAACACUUAGCUGCAGUGCUUGUGCUCAACCACAAGGUGGAAGAAGAAAGUUAGUUGUUCAGUGACUGCAACCAAAAGACUAAAUCUUCCACCAUCAGUGGACUAAAACUGGGAACAAGCACUCCUGAAUCACUGGAUUUACGAGUGUUUGUCUCAAUAAAUACAGAAAAAAAGAAAAAUUCAACUUGAAGCCAAAUCCAGACCUCUGUCAGAAUAAACAGGAGACUACAGGGUGUAGAAAGUCUCUCCCACAAGUUUUAAGCAGCAUUUACCAAACAGUUUUUUUAUUCUGUCUAAUUUAAGUGUUGUGGCCAAAGCAUGAGUCGUAAGACAAGCUUUUAAAACACAUCAUUCCUACAUAACUUCCAUAAUAAAGCAAUCAAAUCUGAUAAAAA